GUCUCGGCACAGAUUGCAGGCAAGAUGAAGCAACUGCCCGAGGUGAGGGCGUGCCAGGUCAACAUCACCAAUCCAGCUACCCUGCAGAGACUUAUGCACUCCUUUGAACAUGCCCUUCAACUGCUAGUUGCACAGGUGAGYCAGCUGCAGGAGAAUGCUGCUCAGCUGAGGACCAUUUAUGCUGGUGAGAAGGCUGAGGCCAUAAUGGUAAAAGAACAGGAAGUGAUGGAGACAUGGAAGGACCUGCUGAGCUCUUGUGAGGCCAGUCGUAUCCAAGUGACUUCAGUAACUGACAAAGUGCAGUUCUUCUCUGUGGUGCGAGAAAACCUAAUGUGGAUGGAAGGCAUUAUGGGCCAAAUAAGAUGGGAUGAACCAAGGGAUUUGACAGCUCUGGAAGUGAUGAUGAAACAGCAUCAGGAGCUGAAAACCAAAAUAGAUGGUCGCAGCAAGACCAUACAACAGUGUGCAGACCUUGGCAAGAUUUUAAUAGCUGCAGGCAACCCUGCAUCAGAGGAGAUAAAGGAGAAGUUGGAUUGUCUGUUGACCAAGCAGAAGGAUCUUGUGGAGAAAUGGGACAAACACCAGGAAAGGUUACAGUGCAAACAAGAAACAUUCCAGUUUGCRCAGGCGACAGUAAAGGCAGAGGCUUGGCUUAAAACGAAGGAGCCACUGAUCUUGCCCAAGCGAGAGGGAGAAGAGGCCCAUGCCCAAACUGAUGAGGUUGAGCAGCUCAUACUUCGCCAUGAAGCCUUUCGCAAAGCUGCUGUAACGUGGAAAGAACGCUUCAGCUCCCUUCGCCAGCUUUCCGCAGCUGAGAAGAAACAAGAGGAGGAUAAAAAGACAACUCCACUCUCUAGUCAAAGAAUGUUCCCAUUAUCUUGUCUGACUCCCAGUGUUCCCUCCAGCAGUGCUACCACCUCUUUCCUGAGGCAGUCUAUACCAGUUCAUAAAGAACCCAAGUCUGUAAAAGCCAGUUUGGAUUUGGGUGCCUGCUCAACUCAGCAUUUAUCUUCAUCACUAGCUAGCUAUAACACAGUUUUAAAUGGAUCAGGCUAUCACGGACUGGAUCAACAGGCCACAGGGAAGUUGAAAAACACCACAUACCUUGGAAUGAACCGACAGACCACUGGAGCUGGAAAUGACUCUGGUUUCUCUGUAUCCCAGAGUGGUGGAGCAGACAUAUCUACUUACCAUGGAAUAAAUCAUCAAACUGCUGGWAGUGCAGAGAGCUCUGGAUACUAUGGAGUGACCACAGGAUUUGCAGGUGGUAUGCAAAACCAUCUAGCUGGUGGCAAGUUAGGAAGUUCAGGUAACAUUGCUCAACAGCCAAGCGGUGGCGGUCUGGGAAGUCCUGGCUUUCUGCCUCAACAAAAUAUGGGUAGUUCUGGUUAUUUGGCACAACCACAAAGUUUGGGAAGUUCGGGACAUGUGGGACAGCACCCUAAUAUGGGAAGCGCUGGGUAUUUGGCGCAACAGCCUUACAUGGGAAGUUCUGGGUAUCUGGCACAACAACCUAACAUGGGAAGCUCUGGGUAUUUGGCACAACAGCCUAAUAUGGGAAGUUCUGGGUAUUUGGCACAACAGCCUAAUAUGGGGAGCUCUGGAUACCUGGCACAAAAUUAUCAGGGUAGUGGUGGAUUAGGAAGUUCAAGCUAUUUGGCACAAAAUCAUUACAGCAGUGGAAGUCUGGGCAGCUCUGGUUACUUGGUGCAGAGUGGAGGUAUCAUGGACCCUAAAAUGGCAUAUGCAUGGCAGCACUUGAAAGCUGACUUCAUGCAACCUAGGAUUAAUCAUAUACACAAAGCUAUAAACCCUCUUCUAGAAGCCAGCAGACUGCAGCGAGAACAGUUUGGGGAUAUCCCAAUGGCAGACAUGAUGGGGCCAGAGUCAGGACUGGAACUUCUUCAUGGCCGUCUCCAGAGGGAUCCUCGUGGCAGUCGCUCUGAUCCGCAGAUGGACCAUUUGAGACGAGAGCGAGAAUACAAACUGGGAAGACAGACCUCCAGUGAACAGGAAAUCCAAGCCAGGCUGAAUGAGCUGCCGCUGAUAGUGCGGCAGGAGCGUUACCGAAGGCGCUUGGAGAGGCAGUCAUCCAGUGAACAAGAGGGGAGCAACAAGCAGAGGUUACAAAGACAGGACUCAAGUGACCUGGAGGGCUCUGUAAAGGAUGGCUCUGARAAACGUGCAGGGGAGAAGAGAUCCACCAUGGCAGAGAUUGUAGAACAGGUCCAGGAGAGAGAGGCAGCACAUGCACGUGGGGAGCCUUAUCGACCUCCUAGCAGUCUCUCAGCACCCGUGACUCGUUCUGAUGGACGACCUCGUGCUCGAGAUCGUCCUAAACCAAGGAGGCGUCCCCGUCCAAAAGAGUCUGAAGGAACUCGACGUUCUCGCUCAGCCCCAGCUACUGGAGCCCCAACAACGCCCCAGCCACCUUCUCACACUGCUCAAAAUGAAGGCUUCCUCUACCGCAAAAAAGCCACCAGCACUGACCUUGAAGCUCAACAGAGGAGCCCUAACAG